AUGGGAAAACCUGGACCAGUGGGGUCUGCAGGAGUUACAGGAGGACCAGGGAGGCCAGGUCCAAAAGGUUUCCCUGGACCUGAAGGGAUGAGAGGAGAGCCUGGACAGCAAGGGGACCCAGGAGAGGCGGGCACUGAGGGAGCGAUGGGACUCCUGGGUCCUGUUGGCCCUCCAGGACCUCAGGGACCUGAAGGCAACCAGGGGUCAAAGGGAAGAACAGGACAUAAAGGUUCAAAGGGUGAAGAUGGGGAAACAGGAGAUCCAGGGAAGGCUGGACACGCUGGAAUCAGGAGUGAAGCUGGAGAUUUGGGACCACCUGGUCCUCCAGGAAGAGGAGGGUUAAAGGGAUCCAGAGGCUACAUGGGGGGACAAGGAAAACCUGGUCCAAAGGGAGAGCAGGGAGACAUUGGCCCACCAGGAGGACGUGGUGCUGCAGGACUGCCUGGGCUGCCUGGCUUAUUUGGACUGAAGGGACUGAAAGGUUUUCCUGGAUCACCUGGUCCAGCUGGAGAGACGGGUUUGUCCGGUCCACCUGGCCCACCUGGCCCCCCAGGGUCCUCCCUAAAUCUUACACUGACUCAACUGAAGGAGCUCAUGUACAUGGCAGACAGGGCCAGCUAUGUCCUGGUCCAGACUCUGCUGGACUCGCUUCAGAAGGAUCUUCACUGGUUCAUGAAGCCCCCUGAUGGCAGCAGAGAACAUCCAGUUACUACCUGUCUGGAGCUGUGGCUCGCUCAUCCCAGCUCCCCCAAUGGGUUGUACUACAUCGACCCCAACCAGGGCAGCCCAGAGGACGCCUUCCAAGUGUACUGUGAUUUCACCUCCGAGCCAAAGACCUGCCUGUCUCCACUCCAGCCUCAGGUUCCAGUGAAAGCUUGGAUGAAGGAUUCUGGCUCCAAUAUGUCAUUUCACUGGUUGAGCACCAUGAAAGAUGGUUUCCAGUUUGAGUAUCCAGGUGACUCCGAUGUGGUGCAGAUGAGGUUCCUGCGGCUCAACAGCAGGGUCUGCUCUCAGACCAUCACCUACUCCUGCCAGACAGGAAAUAGACUGAGCCGAAGAAAAAGGGAGGUCAUGUUCCAGGCUGACACUGGCAGGCAGAGUUACGUAGCAGCACUACGGGACUGUGUGCCUUUGGAUGAGCCCGAGUCAGAAAGCCAAGAAUCCGUGUUCCAGUUUGAGAGUGAAGCUCUGGAGCUGCUUCCUCUCAGGGACCUGGCAGUGCUGGGAAACAAACAUGUCUACCACGAGUUUGGCUUCACCGUUGGACCAGCUUGCUUCAGCUAGAGAUGCUCCCUCUCAGCAUGAACACAUUCGCAGCUAUUAAAAGAAAAUCCACAAAAGCAAUUUUUUCUUUUGCAGCAUGACAGAAUUUCUGGUCUCUGGUUGAUGUGUUAAAAUAUUUUGGACAUUGUGAGUUAAAAAUGAGCUGCCAGCUCUGAAAUGUACAGAGGUGAGGGAAAGAAGACCUGCUGACGGUGGAAGAAGGUUCCUCCGCUCACAGUGACUGUUGACCUCCCUUUUUAUCACCAGAGUUAGACUGAACCAUGUUCUUCUGUAUAUUUUGCUUGUAUUUUUAUACAUUUUU